UUGCGGAUGUGGGAGUUCAACCAGAAUGACUCCAAGCGCGACAGCGGCUCAAAGCUGGUGCGGCUGGGCAUGGCCAAGACGCUCAAGGUCGGGCAGAACUACGCGGGCAUCGUGCUGAGCAGCGAGGCGCAGACUGUCAUUUCGCGCGAGGACCUGGAGACAGUGCGCGUGCACGGCGUGGGCGGCGUCAACUGCUCGUGGAACCAGCUCGACAAGGUGCCGUCGCGCAAGCUCGGCCGCGCCCGGCUCCACCGGAUCCUGCCCUACAUGGUUGCGGCCAACCCGGUGAACUACGGCCGCCCCUUCAAGAUGAACACGGCCGAGGCGAUGGCCGCGAGCCUCUACAUUGUCGGCCUCCAGCAGGAUGCUCACGACCUGAUGGCGCAGUUCUCGUUUGGCGCCGAGUUCCUUCGCCUCAACCGCGCGGCUCUCGACGCGUACGCCGCCGCGCCGGACGCCGCGGGGGUGCGCGCGGCGGAGGCCAGCAUGCUAGCCGAGAAG